AUGGAGUAUAGGCUCUAUUGCGGCUACCUGCUCGGUGACUCCCACGCAACGUUUCGCUCGGAGAUCUACAGGCGCGCUCUUCAAUCUUCUUGCGAGGCGAGGAACCCAGGAAACCCCCCGAAGGCCGACUACGAUGCGCCCUGGGGCGUUUUCUUGCCUUCAAAACUAAUAGCAAAACAUUUUUUGGGCGGUGAAGGUAUAAAAAUGCUUAAUACCCUGCAACUUGCAACACUCCUCAAGACUGGGCCCAUUCUGAUCGGUAUCCUGUUUAUUUUAAGAGCUUCGGCUCGUGCAGCGCAAUCGCGAAAGCCAGAGGAUACCAAAGGACUGGGGGCUGAGAAGCCUACUGACAGGCCUGCAGUGACAAGUACUCCGUAUAGAGUGGUGAAAAAGACGUCCCACAAUUCCCACCGAAGAAAGGCCAAGGAAGUGGCUGACACCAAAUGUGGAUUUUGGAUUCUGGAGGAACAACGGUUUGUGAACACUACCCUCCGCGGAGAUAACAAGACAUUGAAACAUGGCCUACCAGGCUGA